AAUACAUGAAAUCGCUGCAGGGGGUUUAUGAAGAUUGUAAAUGGGACGACCUAAAACGAGUUUUCAAGAAGCGAUGAAUGCUGGAGGGAUCAUUGAAGAAUACAAGUCCCAUACCACCAAUCAAAACCUAGUUGUUAAAGUCAAGAUGCCUGAUGGUCAAGUAUACUCUUAUACCAACGUUAGUCGUCCGCUCCUCGAGCAUUACCUGAUCGUUCAAGCACGCUCAACUGGAGUAAGCUCCCAGUCUGGCGGGACCCAAGGGGGAACAAAGUAA